AUGGGUUUGUCAUCUCUAUUAAGAGAUAAGAGCAGGAAGAGAUGGGUGAGAUAUGUGUUGACAAGAGUAAAGAGUCGUCGACAGAGAAAAGAUAGAUAUGAAAGUGUUUUGAAAUGCAUUAAGUUGAGAAUAAGAGGAAAGACUUUCUGUCAUUUUUAUCCUGACUUUAGAAAAUAUUUUUCUAUUCUUCUCUCACCACAAGAAAGAACGUUUGGAUUAGAAAAAGAAACUCUUCAUUUUACUUCUUAG